CAUCUGGAACUCUACUCAACACAACAGGUGUGUCCAAGUUUAUACGACUUGCAAGAAGUAGAUCAAAGAUCUACAUCUAUAAGGAAAGUCUAAGUAACGACAACAGUACCAUGACCAACUACAGUCAGGAAUUAUUCAAGCUGCUGGUGUUCAGAGCAAUAGUCCUCCUUACCAUAUGUACUAGCCUGUGUAAAGCAGCAUGGCCGGCCUCCAACAUUUCCCCCGUGCGAGGACACUAUCCCCCAGUGUUCUGCAAGAUGUCGCAUGUCCUUCUAGACGCCAGAGACAGAGUGUUUAGGUACAAGCAGGAUCUCACUUCGAGGAACACUUUUGACAGUUCUUGUGGAGCAGGAGCAGGAAUAUGGUCUGUUCGGCCUGAUGAACAAUCCGAUUCAAUGACCUGUGAUGAGACGUACGAUGAAGGCUACGUGUUCACCAUGUACUUCUACUACGGUAGCAACUACUUCCACCUCCACUAUGACAUGAUGAUUCCACUGUUUUCUGAGCUGCGCAAAGAGGACAAGGGGAAGAAGAUUGUGCUCAUGCCCUCUGUCGAGUCAGUUCGCUUACAGGCCAUGUACUGGGAGACAAAAGCAUUCCACGACACAUCCAAGUACUGGUACCAGAUGCUGAAGGUGCUGGCCUCCUCACACACUCUCCUACCUCUGGAUGACAGGAUACAAAAGAGCCAAGGAAACAUAUGUUUCAAGACCAUAAACUUUGGGACCCCCAUGUAUUCCAGUGCGGACAAAGACCUCAUUAUACCCUACGUUCAGUUCAUCAAAGAAGAGCUUGGUGUAAGACAUCAUCAAAUCUCAAAGGAUAAAGUUGGUAUUAUCAAGAGAACCAACCGUCGCAGAAUCCUCAAUGAAGGAGAGCUGGUUGAGGCAGUGUCCAACAUCGCUGAUGUGGAACUGGUAGACUUCUCAAGACUCAGCUUUAAGCAACAGAUUGAGAAGGUGCAGGAGUACUCCGUGCUUGUUGGCAUGAAUGGCGCCGGGCUUAUGAAUGGCCUCUUUCUGUCCCCGGGUGCCGUCACUGUCCAGCUGGUGCCGUUCAGGGCUGAUCUCAACUUCAAAGAAUUCGGUCAACUUCUGAAGAACCGUGGUCCUUACCUUGAGUGGCACAACGAGCACGCCAACCUGUCCCAAGAACUCCCAAACGAUCCCUAUCAUGGACAGUCAGACACUACAGUUCAAGUAGGAGAGUUUGUUGAACUCAUCAAGAAAGCUUUGCAGCUUGUAAACAGUGAUGACUACAGUGAUAAAACUGAGCUGUGAUUUUAUAGUAUAUGCAAGAAUAAAUGUAUAUCAUUUUGAUAUUUAUUUGGUUUUAAUCUCAUAACUGAGUUUAUAUAUUUUUCACCAUUUUAGUGAUGAUAAGCAUAAUAUGCUUUGCCAAAGGCACCUUAUUUAUAAUGUGAAUGUAAAGACUAUUUAAAUACAUGUAUAUUUUAAUGAGAUUUCCGGUCACAAAUGUCCAACUGUCUCACUGAAAAUAUUUCCAAGAGAAAUUUUACCUUUUUUAACUUGAAAAUCGUAUUAUUCUAAAUCAUAUCUUAGGCAUAUCCAUUAUUGUGUGACGUGAGAGUUAUACAUCUAACAGUCAACAUGGAUAUGAUGCAUGUUUCAGAUUGGAUAUUUAAUUAUGCAAACUAAAUUUGAAUUGUACAAUGUACAAGUUAUUACAGAAACCAUUAGCCUUAAUCAAUUAAUUUGAAGGGUGCCAUGAAGUUAAGGCAGCUGUUUCUUUUGACAGUUUCGUGCAGUUAUGACUUUUGAAACCAUCCCUGACAGUCACUUACAUUAAGGACCUGUACAGAACUGUAUCAAACAUCUAAGAUAAAGAGAAAUCUGUAAAACACCAAGAUCAAAUUAACCUCAUACCUGGUUUCCCUGCCAAGGUGUAGCAAUGCAGAAAAAUAAUGUCCAAUGGAAAAACUAGCUGAUAUUUCAGUCUUGAAAAAAUCUCAUUUGUUAAUGUCAUGGGAAUUUUUUCUCAGACAGAAUAAUUUCAUACCUAUGUUUUGUACCUCGAACCCUGGACCUUCCGCUCUCCGGGCAGACGCUCUACCACUAGACCACGGAGGCGGUAAAUAUAGGGUGAGCUAUAGCCUUGUGGCCCAUGUGUUUCAAGCAUAAUCAAAUGCAAUGUUUGGCAUAUAAUAUCAUGAUUGUUUUUAUUGUUAUAAUUCUUUGACCAAAGGAAUCAAAUGUUUUGUUUUAAGGAUAAAACUUCAUACACAUCCUGGUCCUUGUUAUCUGUCAGGGUGUUUGUUUUUUGUUUUUCUUGGCAACUAGUAUCAGCCAUUGUACCAUGUACCUUGCUGUACCAUGAACAUUGUUUGUGGAGAUGAAGGGCUGUUGUUGCAGCAUUGCAUCCCUUGCCCAUGCCAGGAGCUUCUGACUAGGUUCAAAUUGCCCCAAUAACAAUAUAGUCGGUUGGCAUGAAUGUCAUAGCUUGCCUAUCAAUGAAUAUCUGUGUCUGUCAUUUCUAUGCAUGUCAUUGAGUUUGUUGUACUAGGAUUUUAUGUAAGAGAGUAAAAAACUAGUAGGUAAACUUGUAACAUUUGAGUGUUAUCUUUGCUGAUGUCCAAGAAUGUUUUGGAUGGUGUGAAUGUUCUUUAUAACUUUUCAUCACAAAUUCUAUUUUAAUAUAUUUCUUUCACAAAAACGUAUUGUGAGUUUAGUGUGCUGAACCUAUUUAUCCGCAUGCAGAUAGCUGUAAAUCUUGUUGCUUGGAAGAUCUACACCUGAUCAGUGCUUUAAAAGUAUUGUGUAGAAUAAAUGAUAUCACUGUAAUAUCUCAUUGUACAUGAAGUCUAUUUUUUUAAAGAAUAAAUGAUUUCAUAAUA